CUAUUAUUUGAGAAAAAAAAAAGGGUAAGGGGGCUCAUGAGAAGCACGUGAAAAGAGGCUUUCUCGCAACCCCGUGAAGAAGAAGUUGUUGUCACGGUGGCCACCGUUCCCUGCCGGCGUUUACCCAUAAUUCUCAGAUCUUCGAAUCUCAUCGUGGAAGAUGAAAUCGAGCAAAGGACACCAGGAAGACGAUUACGAAGAUUACGGGGCCAAAAAAGACACCAACCCAUCUUCUAAAGAUGGGAAGAACAGUGAUGCUACUAGGUCCAAGCAUUCGGUGACCGAGCAGCGUAGAAGGAGCAAGAUUAAUGAAAGGUUCCAGAUAUUGAGGGAUUUGAUACCCAAUAGUGAUCAGAAGAGAGAUACGGCAUCAUUUUUGCUUGAGGUGAUAGAAUAUGUUCAGUAUUUACAAGAAAGAGUACAAAAGUAUGAAGGAUCGUACCAAGGUUGGAGUGCAGAACCCACCAAACUAAUGCCCUGGAGGAACAGCCAUUGGCGGGUCCCAGGUUUCGGUCAUCCACCUGUCAUAAAGCCGGAUUCCGCCUUGACUCCAUCGUAUCCCGUUAGAUUUGACGAAAACGCCUCGAUUGCACCUGCCAUCAACACGGGCACACCGAAUCCAACUCGUUCCGACCCUGGUGGAGAUGUGAACUGUAAUAUGAUGGAUUCGCAACCUGAAUUAGCGAGUAAAAUGGCAAUGCCAGCUGUCCAACCAAGCAUUCCUGUUCCCGUUCAGCAAGCUGACGGGACGUUUUCCCAUUCUGCCCUUCACUGUAACGUCAAUAUGCAGUCUUCUGAUGUUCCUGUUGCCGGUGAUGCGAAUCAGCAAGAGGAGUUCACAGUUGAAGGUGGCACAAUUAGCAUUUCGAGUGCUUAUUCUCAAGGGUUAUUGAAUUCCCUUACGCAAGCACUUCAGAACUCGGGUGUGGAUUUGACUCAAGCCACCAUAUCCGUACAGGUGGAUCUCGGGAAACGAGCAAAUAGAGGACUGGCAUCUGGCACAUCCACUGCAAAGGAUCACGAGAAUAAUCCUCAUCCUAGCAAUCAAGACGUGGUCCGGUUUCAAGAAUUCAACAAUGGGGAAAACUCAGAUCAAGCAUCGAAAAGACUAAAGACGUGACACGCCAUUUCACAAGCCGAGAAUUAGUGUUUUGAAUAUGGUGGAUGGAUGGAAGGGGGGGGGGGGGGGGAGGGGGUAUAGCUGCAAGACCAAUCAAAAUUGUACAUGUGUCAUUUUUCUGUUGUGGGCAACCUGAGAUCUCUGUGUCGAAGAGUUGCUGCAUGGUGGUUACUGACUGCUUGGUUGGUAGUGGUGGAUUACUGUUGUCUUUGGUUUUGUUUAGUGAUUUUGAUAAAUAUUUGGAUUUAUUAUCCUUAUUAUUAUUGUUGUUAUUAUGAUUUUGUAAGGUUAGGGAUUUGGGUUUGUCUCUAUUGUGGUUGAAGAUGAAAAAUUAUAUAAAAAUUAAAUUAAAAUA